AUUGUUCAGUAGGAGACAAAGCAAAUAACGUAUCUGGGUGCCAAGCAAUUGCAAAAACCAGGGCUUUGCAGUUAUAUUGUAGUGAUUAUCUUGUGGUUUGUACUGACAAGAUAAACAACCAACGAGUUCAAUGGCCACAAGAGGCUUAGUGCUCUAUCUUCUCUCAGGUUUCUCUGUGGCUGUUUUCUCUGUGCUCUUCAUCUCUCACCAAUAUGAUUACUACUCUCCCCAAAUCCGCCUUUCCAAUUCUCUCAGUUCCAAUCUCUCCCACUUCUCCACCGCCGAUAAAGCGUGGCCUGAAUUGAAGUUGGGUUGGAGGCUUGUGUUGGCAACAGUGAUUGGAUUUCUGGGUUCGGCCUGUGGGACGGUGGGAGGAGUAGGAGGGGGUGGAAUAUUUGUUCCUAUGCUUACUUUGAUUGUUGGAUUUGAUACCAAGUCAGCCGCUGCCCUCUCUAAAUGUAUGAUAAUGGGGGCAUCAGCAUCAUCAGUGUGGUAUAAUCUGAGAGUGCCUCAUCCAACAAAAGAAGUGCCAAUUAUAGACUAUGAUUUGGCCCUUCUCUUUCAGCCCAUGCUCAUGCUUGGCAUCACCUUGGGUGUUGCUCUCAGUGUCGUCUUCCCCUACUGGCUCAUCACUGUCCUCAUCAUCAUUCUCUUCCUCGGGACUUCAUCAAGGUCUUGUUUUAAAGGGGCUGAGAUGUGGAAGGAAGAGACUAUUUUAAAGAAAGAAUAUGCAAGGCAGCAAGAAGCUACAGUGAACUCUCGGGGCGAACUUCUAAUUGAUGCACAUUAUGAGUCAUUACUUCCAAGAGAAGAGAAAUCAAUGAUGCAAAUACUAAUAUUCAACCUUAGAUGGGAAAGAGUGUUGGUGCUGGUAGCUUUAUGGGUUCUUUUCCUACUUCUUCAAAUCCUCAAGAAUGAUGUAACUGCUUGCAGUACAUGGUAUUGGGUCCUCUUCUGCUUACAGUUUCCCAUAGCAUUUGGAGUGUUUGGAUAUGAAUCGGUGAAGCUGUGUAAAGAGUACAAGAAGAGAAUGAGCACAGGGAACACAGAGUCAAUAUGCGAGGCUUCGAUCGCAUGGACUCCAAUUCACAUUGCAUUCUGUGCUCUAUGUGGAAUCUUGGGAGGCACUGUUGGGGGCUUACUUGGAUCAGGUGGAGGUUUCGUUCUUGGCCCUCUCCUGCUUGAGAUAGGUGUCAUCCCACAGGUUGCUAGUGCAACCGCCACAUUCGUGAUGACAUUCUCGGCAUCGUUAUCGGUCGUGGAGUUCUACUUGCUCAAGAGGUUUCCAAUUCCAUAUGCUAUAUACCUCACAAGUGUUUCGAUCUUGGCUGGCUUCUGGGGACAGUUCCUUGUACGAAGAGUUGUCACAAUUCUAAAGAGAGCAUCAAUCAUCGUAUUCAUCCUCUCUAGUGUCAUCUUUGCUAGCGCUAUCACAAUGGGUGUAAUCGGCAUCAAGAUGAGCAUCCAAAUGAUAUCAAAUCACGAGUUUAUGGGAUUCUUGGACUUCUGCAACAGUCAGUGAUCGUUGGCUAAGAUACAUAAUGUUUGUAUCCUAAGAUAUGCAUCAUAGGAAUUGUUGGCCAACACCGAGUUGACCAACCCGAAUCGACAUUGUUAUGAAGAAAUAAUAAGCAAGUGUGGUUUUUUUCUCUGGUCUAGGUUUGGUUGCUUGUUAGCUACUGGCUAACACAUGAACCAAAGCAAGUAGUGUUUGAUUUGUCUCUAGUUUAUAUAGAUUAAGAUUGGUUGUUAGCUCCUGGCUAACAACACAUGAAAAAUAAGUGUUCUAUUUGUGGGGGUUAGGUUAAGUUGCAUGUUAGCCACUGGCUAACAGCAUCAUCUCAAUAGACCUCUUGUAUUCCUUCUCUAGUUUUACAAAUCAGUCUUAAAUCGUGAUAGGAGGUUUCGUACUGAUA